AAGAGGCACUGUCAGAUAUAGCCACAAAACAACACGCCAAUGGAGCAAGAAAACUAAGUUGCAAUUGCUAAGGACCGCUUUCAGUUGUAAUUUAACUGUGUCUUAGUUAGAUCAGCGGAUCUAUAAUUUGUAUGUAUUUUGUUUAUUUAUCGCCACUUCACAGUUCAAUUUGCUACCUAACCUAUCAUAGGUGUUUCAAGAAAUAAAGAGCCAGUUAGCUAGUUGGCUACAGGCUGGCUAGUCUUCUUUUGUGAUCUCAAUGGACCGCCUUGCAUCUUUUGGAAAUGACCCGUUUGAUAAACCUCCUUGCCGGGGAUGCUCCUCUUACCUGGUGGAACCCUUUAUCAAGUGUGCAGAGUGUGGACCACCAUCUUUCUACCUCUGUCUUCAGUGUUUCACCAAAGGGUUUGAGUAUAAAACACAUCAGAGUGACCACAAAUAUGAAAUCAUGACGUCAGACUUCCCUGUCCUGGAGCCGGGCUGGACCGCUCAAGAGGAGAUGGCUCUGUUAGAGGCUGUUAUGGACUGUGGUUUUGGGAACUGGCAGGACGUGGCGUAUCAGAUGCGCACCAAGACCAAGGAGGAGUGUGAGGGCCACUACAUGAAGCACUUCAUCAACAACCCGCUCUUCUCCUCCACACUGUUGAGCCUGCGGCAAAUGGAGGAGGCUCGCACCGCCGACUCCGCCAUCCCCUUCAAACCCACGGACGACCCUCCCAGGCCCACCUUUGAUUCGGUUCUGUCCCGAGACAUGGCUGGAUACAUGCCUGCCCGAGCAGACUUCAUGGAGGAAUUUGAUAACUAUGCUGAGUGGGACCUGAAGGACAUUGAUUUUGUGGACGACGACUCGGACAUCUUGCAUGCCCUCAAGAUUGCAGUGGUCGACAUCUACCAUUCAAGGUUAAAAGAAAGACAGCGCAGAAAAAAGGUCAUUCGCGACCAUGGGUUGAUCAACUUGCGCAAGUUCCAGAUGCUGGAGCGGCGCUACCCUAAGGAGGUGCAGGACCUGUACGAUGCCAUGAGGCGCUUCGCUCGGGUGGUGGGCCCCACCGAACACGACAAGUUCAUCGAGAGCCACGCACUGGAGUUUGAGCUGAGGAGAGAGAUCGGGAGGCUGCAGGAGUACAGGCAGGCAGGCAUCCGCUCCUUCUGCAGUGCGAAGGUGUACGAGCGUGUGAAGCGCGUGCGCGAGGACGAGCGCAGGAAGAGGACCAUGCUGUGUGACAUGCUGCAGUACAUCCAGGACAGUCGCGCCUGUCGCCAGUGGCUGCACAAGCAGGCCGCCAUAGAUUCUGGGAUCACCCCUGUUAUCACCACAAUCACCACAACAGGAACAGGUCGUAGAAGCGCCCCUCCCCUCAACCUCACCGGCUUACCAGGGACUGAGAAACUCAAUGAGAGAGAGAAAGAGCUGUGCCAGGUGGUGCGUCUGGUGCCCGGUGCCUACCUGGAGUACAAGCAGGCACUGCUGAACGAGUGCCGGAGGCAGGGAGGCCUGCGGCUGGCCCAGGCCCGCGCGCUCAUCAAGAUCGACGUCAACAAGACCCGCAAGAUCUACGACUUCCUCAUCAAGGAGGGCUACAUCAACAAGGCCUGAGCCCAGAUUGGGGUCCACACGGGGGGGUCUCUCCUGUUUGGAGAUCCGUGAGAGAUGGAAAGACGUGGGAGAGAACUAGCUGAAGGCUUUUUGUGUGUCUGAAAAAAAAAAAAGCCUUUUGCACUGGUCUCAGAUCAGCGCAGGGAUGUCAUUGAGGCCAGUCUUAUGCCAGUGAAGUGCCCACCUGUGGUAGUUUAUGGUAAUGUGCAUCUUGAAAACGCAGGGAUGUUUGGGAUUGUUUGUACCCUGAUGUGGUGUAGAUGGAUUUGUAAAUGUCCUGUGAUUGAAAAUGUGUGUUAAAUGUGUAUUGUAUAUAGUGCUGUCACCCAUAAAAUGAUAUUAGUGUCAGUAGAAUAUCACACAUGUUUAUCUAAGAGUACAUAAAGUCGUUUUGUAGAAGCAAA